ACCACACAUAACAGCUCCUUGGUGAUGUUUUAGUUCUAGAGCUAAUUUUAUAAUUUUAACGUUCACAUGGUUUUUUUCCAUACUGCACUGAGUAUGUUACGUUAACAUGCUAACAAUAGGCUACAUGCUAUUUUAGCUGCCUUUAGCUCUGCAGACCAGUUUCCAUGGAAACGUAAACAAAACGAACCGUGAUUUGGGUCGGCUUCCCUACCUUUUACCCGAAGUUAACGGAGAUAAAUCUCUACCGUGCCGUCGUCAGCAUGGAUCCCCCGAAAAGCCGCUCAGAGUAUGACGAGAGUCGCAAAAAUCCCGUAAGUCUGGCCGAACAGUGGAAAGACCUGUGCGUAAAAGAGAGGAGCAUAGCACUGGGAUGGGAUGAGACCUGGGGCGCUGUCCUGGAUUGUGGCACACAGGAUGCCCCAAUGGAGGAGAAGUCUUUACCGAAAAACCUUUCGGUCUAUUCCGAGAUCGUCCCCAACACCGCCAAUCAAGUGUAUGGCAGCAGGCAGAUCAUGCCUCACGGGCAGGAGAUGAUCCGACAGGACGCGUUGCCACUCUUUCACGGAAGCUACAGAGGAAAGAAGAAGGCUGCGGAGAAGGAACCAUCAUAAAAGCAUAAAUAAGACGUCAGUGA